CCAUUUUUAAAGGGCAUUCCCCGUUCUCUCACCUCCUUCUUCCCCGUUUACUUUCCUUCUAUUCUGUGUAAUCAAUAGCUAACCCUUUUCCAUGCUUCGCUAGCCACAAUUAUCACCAUCGUCAAAAUCUCACCACCUUCUGGUGGGAUCAAGGGUCAAGAUUACAAACCCACCACAGUUACCAAGUUCCAAAUCUCAAGAAAAUGGAUAGUAAGUUAUUCAGCAACAACAGCAACCGUUAUAUCAAUAAGGAACAAGAAGAAACUGACGUAUUAGCUCAGGAAAACAUUGCCGAGUCCCCUCCUUCUUCCACCAUGUUUAACAUGGAUGGCUUGGUUCCUUCCCCAACUAAUUCUUCACUUAAGAAAAGCAGGCGAGCCAUACAAAAGAGGGUGGUGCAAAUCCCAAUUAAGGAAACAGAAGGGUCUAGGCUUAAAGGAGAGAGCAACACUCCACCGUCCGAUUCAUGGGCAUGGAGAAAAUACGGACAGAAACCCAUCAAAGGUUCCCCUUAUCCCAGAGGGUACUACAGGUGUAGCAGUUCCAAGGGGUGUCCGGCAAGGAAACAAGUUGAAAGGAGCCACGUGGACCCCACCAUGCUCGUCGUUACUUACUCCUCCGACCAUAACCACCCUUGGCCAGUUUCUAGAAACCACCAUCACUCCUCCUCCUCCUCCGCCGCCGCUAAACCCACUAAAAAACCCGAACCCGAACCGGAGGUCGUUGCGGAACCGGAACCCGAACCGGAGGAUAAUAAGUUUGCGGACCUCGCCGGGGACGAGUUGGGGUGGUUUGGCGAGAUGGAGACGACGACGUCGUCGGCGGUUCUGGAGAGCCCGAUAAUGGCGGAGUACGACGCUGACGUGGCGUCGGUGUUAUUGCCAAUGAGAGAAGAGGACGAGUCUCUGUUCGCAGACCUCGGGGAACUGCCGGAGUGCUCGGUGGUGUUCAGGCGGGGAAUGGUGGUGGAGCGCCGGCGGUACAGGGCGCCGUGGUGUGGGACCACAAGUUGAGGGACAAAGCAAGAGAGAGACCAACAAAAGAGUUGCCUGUUUGACACGUUCUUCGUUUCAGCACAAGAAAAAGAUACCCAAUUUUUAUUUUCAGAUUUUAUUUUAUUUUUUUGUUGACUACUACUUGGUUGAGAGUAGAAAAAAGAAAAAGGAAAAUAGAAAAAGUAGGGGAUAGUGAUGAAUAAAGACAGAUUGGGGUUGGGGUGGAAGCUGAAGUUGAAGGGGUAGUUGGAGGAUGUAUGUGUGAGUGUGGUAUCCCCAACUUGGUUGUAAUUAGCAUAACUUGUCCGGCCAUUUGAACAGCCUGCACCAUGUUUCAAGAUAUUUUAUGUGGACCACCCCACCUCUU